AUGUUACCCAUGGAGUCCAGAAAACAACCAGUGGCCGAAAAAACUAGUCGCAGUUUUGUAACUCAUGUUCGAUUUGAACAUUUGGCAGCGGGAGUGACAGGCGGGGUGGUGUCUUCCCUGGCGCUGCACCCACUUGAUCUGAUCAAAGUCAGGUUCCAAGUUGAUGAAGGACCUGGCAAGAAGGUGAUUGCCCGCCCCCACUACAACGGUGUUAUACAUGCGUUUCGUGCAAUAGUGCAAACUGAUGGUUGGAAGGGAUUGUACCGGGGAGUGACUCCAAAUGUCACUGGGGCAGGACUUUCUUGGGGCUUCUAUUUCUUCUUUUACAACACAACAAAAACAUGGAUGCAAGGAGGAGACACAACAAAGAACCUUGGACCUGGCAGACACAUGAUGAUUGCCAGUCUGGCAGGAUUGGCAACUUUGACUUUAACCAACCCUAUAUGGGUGUCGAAGACCCGAAUGUGCUUACAUUAUGGAAAUCCGGGCAAUGUACAGUUUGUGGGGAUGUGGGAAACUUUGAUUGGUGUCUAUCGGAAGGAAGGAAUUCGAGGAUUGUAUAGGGGUUUCUUGCCAGGAAUUUUCGGCAUCUCCCAUGGUGCUCUUCAGUUUAUGGCAUACGAAGAGUUAAAAACUUUGUACAGCAGACACAGAAACCAGCCAUUGGACACUCGACUGAGUUCCCUAGAAUACCUCACGUUUGCCGCUCUGUCCAAAAUGUUUGCCGCAACAAUCACAUACCCCUAUCAGGUAUUGAGGUCAAGGUUACAGGAUCAGCAUCGUAGCUACAAUGGUGUUCUUGAUGUACUCAAGCAGAUCUGGGUGCAGGAGUCUUGCCGGGGUCUGUUCAAGGGACUCGGUGUCUACUUGAUUCACAUCCUCCCAAACACCAUGAUUGUCUUUGGUGUCUAUGAAAUGGUCGUCCACGUCAACUCACAGUCUCAUCUGGAAGAAGACCUGGCUGUGGCGGAGGAGAGUUAG